AAUGUCGCUUAUGGUGAGAAGUAGUUAUUUGUUUAGUAAUGUAAUGGAUGAUUGAUUAUUCUUCAUUUUGAAUAUUACUAUGUACUACUUCAUCAAUGGUAUUUUUUCAAACCUAAUAGGCAAAUGAGGAUGGAGAAAUAGAUUUCCCUGAAUUUUAUAAGAAAUCACACAAAUCCAAAAAGACGGGAGACUAGAUUGACCCCAAAUGUGGAUGAUAUGGUGAAUCUACAAGUCGUAGCCACCGAUGCGGGGUUGCCAUUGACCUACGAAGAACUAUCAAGGCAAGUGCUCGGGGAAAAAAAAAUUACUUGCGUGGAUGUGGGGUAGGCCCACAACCCUCUUCAACAGCUUCUAGUGCGGCACGAGCAUGUGAUAAACAUAUGGAGUCAAUGAGAGCGGAACUGGAGGUUCUUCGUGAGGAGCAUCAAAGAGAUUGCGAGGAGUUGCUGAAGGAGAAAGAGGAGUGGCAAAAAGAUCAUGAGGAGUUGGUCAAAGAGAAAGAGGAGCGACAAAGAGAUCAUGAGGAGUUGGUCAAGGAGAAAGAGGAGCGACAAAGAGAUAAGGAGGAAAUUAUGAGGGAAAUAGAGAAGCUGAUGAAAGAAAUUGAGGAAGGAAAAAAAGCACGUGAGGCACAACAAGUACAACUCAAUCAUUUGAACGACAUGGUGUCACGGCUAACAACCCUCUUGCAGGGUUCAGAUGGUCAUGCUACUAUUCGGUUAUGAGGCAUAAUAUGAGUAGACUUUGCAGCAGACGGACCAUAAUCUGAUUUUCAUAAGGUAACCACUGCUUCCAAAAUUGCUUCCAAAAUUGUCAAAUUAAUCAAAUACAUAAAUGCAUUAAAAAAAUUAAAAGGACACAUGCAAAUCAAAUAAUUUGUAUUGAACAUACUGAACCAUUCCAAAGUGGCUCACAUUUGGAAGGCAUUUAGUACCUCAGAAACAGCUCUCGAAAAACUCCCUUCUGUCUGGAUCAACUUGAGUUUUCCUACAGUAAUGUAUGGGUCAACAGUAGGUAUAACCUCAGGAUAUUGAACUGCAGGAAUAGAAUACUUCUUCUCUGGCUGAGACAUCAAGGCAGACAAGUGUACAAUCCAAAAGUAAACCCAGCACAAACCAAGAAUUGUUAAUUUAAUGUCAAACAAAUCAAUCUUAUCAAGAACAUGUGUAUAAAAUUUCAAAUGUGCGUAUAAGGAUCCAAGUAAGUUUUGACAAAAUUAUUAAUAAAUAAUGAUAUUAAUAAUAGAUAAAAAUAUUAAUAAUAGAUAAAGGUCAAAAGGUUUAUAAGGUGGGACGUUAUUAGCAUGCGUACGUUGGGGGUUGUCGUGACAAACGCAUAUAUAAGCUUAUAAAUAUAUAUUAAAGCUUAUAUAUUACAGCAUAUAAAUAUAUAUGUUAUAUAAGCAUCUCUAUAUAUUUAGUUUCAUGAAUAAAAUAUAUAUGUGUACACUUUAGACUAAAGUUGACUUGGGGCUCAUGCAUGACUUGGAGGCAAAUUUGCCUUAAAUUGUGUGGAUACCAAUACAGAUAAAUGGAGGGGCAAAUAUUGUCCUAUGGAAAGUGACCUAGUCCACACCUUGAAAGAGAACCAAGAUGAAGGCUUUCUUAUGAAUAAAAAUUAUUGGUUGUUGACUGCUCAGGAAUUGUAGUUACCGUGAUGACCUAGAAAGUGGAAGGUUUGUUGAUCAUUAUGGAGAUUUAGAUGUUAGAUUUUAAGUGUGAGAAACAAAUCUUGGAAAUGUGAAAUAUACAAGCUACUGGGUAAUAAAUACACUCUUGAAAUUGUAUGAUGAUGCGAAACACAUGGCCUAUAUACACCUCAUCUGUUACAUGAUCACUGUUGUGGCUGAACAUCAUUCAUGUUGAAUUGGAAUUUUAAGUGUUUUGCUCAACAAAAGAAUGACUGUGAAGCUGAAUAAAAAUUCAGAAACGGUUGGAGCUAAUAAACGAGACCGGUGUCAUAAUCUUUUCAUGGCAACUGUGAAUCUGUGGUGAUCAUUCAGCUUUAACCUUUUUUUGUUUAUGCAUACAUACAACUGUAAACUGUAAACGCAUGUGGUUCACCCUUUUUUUUGUUUAUGUUUACAUACAUGAUGCCAGGUGCGAAGGGAAGAGCGCAUCAAGUGGGGUCAUGCCCCCUUAAACGUUUGUACAUACUUUUUGUUAAAAAUUUUUGUUUACAAUGGAACUAA